AUGGGGCAUUCGUCAGUGCUGGGGAAGAGGAAACCAAAGGCCACCGAGGAGGAACUCGAGGACGCCCAAGCCAUCUUCCGCAAACACUUCGAGGCCCAAUUCCAGCUCCUCCCAGAAGACCAGCCGUUGCGCAAGGCUGAGGGAGAGGACGAAGAGGACGAAGAGGACGACGAAGAUGAUUCAGAGGAAGACGGCUCCGACGCGGAAUCGGAAUGGGACGGCCUAUCAGGUGACGAGGAAGACGAUGACGUCACCGCCGUCCAGGUCAUAGAUCACAGCACAAAUACCCACUCGUCAGAAGACAGCGCAUUCACGAAAGCCGAGCUGCGCGCAUACAUGGUCAGACUAACCUCUCUCCCGCGAACAAACCAGUCCUCCAAACCCCCGUCCUCCACCUUCCCCUCCUCCGACGACACCAAACCCCCCUCGUCCCGCCGCAGCAGCAAGCCCGCCAGCGCCUCCGACGAGCCCGAGGACUCGGCCGCCCUCCUGGCAAACGACCUCGCCCUGCAGCGCCUCAUCUCCGAGUCCCACCUCCUCGCCGCCUCCUCUCCGCACCUCUCCUCUUCUCCCUCGGCCUCCAAGCCCUUCGCCUCGGGCCGCGCCCGCCAGGCCGCCACCUCGCUGCGCCUCGCCGCCCUCGGCGCCUCGCCCGCCAGCCUCGCCCCGCAGCACAAGAUGCCCAUGGCCCAGCGCAAGGGCAUCGCCGCCGCCGCCGCCGCCCGCGAGCACAAGCGCCGCCGCGAGGCCAAGCUCAACGGCGUCGUGCUCGAGCGGCCGGACGGCAGCGGCAGCGGCAGCGGCAGCAGCAAGGGAAAAGACCCAAGGGGGAGGAGGAGAGCAGGAGGGGGGCCCGUGGAUGCGCCGUCCGUGGGCAGGAUGCGGGGCGCCGAGCUGAGGUUGAGCAAGCGCGACAUACGAGAUGUCGAGGGCCCCAGAGGCGGCGGCGACUGGAAGAAGAAGAAGAGAAGGAGUUACGGCGGCGAAUUCCCAUGA